CCUGGUUCUUCGACCUCAGGCCUAUGCAGGCAUGCUGCAUGUGACCUUUCCCCGCCAAGUUGGAAGUUCUUGUGGUUGCGCAAGUUGGAAGUCUUGUGCUUUAAUGGGCGCCCUCGAAAGAGUUUCGUGGCUCCUGCUCCUCCUUGCAAAUUCCCUUGCUCUAGCAAAGGUGCUUGAGCCAGACAGGCAGUAUGAUACGAGGAGCAGCCUUGAAGCUGGCGUGCCUCUGCAGCAGGUGGAGCUGCCAAUGUCUGGGGGCCAAGCGCUGUAUGAGCUGAAGGGCUUGAAGAAGCAACAGGGCUACGAAGUCAAGAUUUCGUUCCCAGGCACGGUUCCUGCAACAUAUCACAUUGAACUGGUAGGUGAGGAGCGUGAAGAUACCAGGGCUGGCAGGAGGCGGCUCCUGGACACAGAGAAGCUGGUAUUUACAACGGAUGACUCGGGCAGGCCGCUGCGCGGGGCCGUACCCGUGCAGGCUGCGAUCCUAGUGACAGUACAGCCUCUAGGGCUGGUGAGUUGGAGGAGCUUGAGUUCGGCAUCCCGCGCCGCUCCUGGUGGGUGGCGGCCCUGGCUGUGCUGUCCCUCGUGGCGGUCGUGCUGGCCAUGUCCCACGUGCCAGAGCGCUGGCUCAUUGGGCAAGCUGCAUACCAGAUACCUAAGGCAAACUAGCCAGGGGCGUGCCGCAAUAUCCGGAGGAGGGCAAGCAGGGACAAGCGGCGAGGGCAUGUGGGAGCAAGGCUGA